AUGACUAUUGCUGCAUAUGCGUAUGAAACAAAUGAAGCAAGAAGAGCACAUGAACUAGUAAACGAAAACUCAACUUUAACCAUUGAAGGCAAUGAUUUAGUCAUUGACGAUGGAAAAACUAAAAAAGUCAUUGAUUUCGAUACUUUUAACACGUAUGACCCAUUCAUUACAAUAAGUAAAGUUCCUAUCAUAAAUGAUGGAACGGUGCAAUAUAUAAAUUCUACAGUAGAUGCCUCAUUAGUGAAAGUAUUAAAUGUUCUCAUUGAAUUGUUAAAGAGCUUUCGAUUUGACGACAACAUUAAAUGCCUAAAGAAUUUAGUCAUGAAUGAGAAACAAAUUCUCGGCGUUGCUGGUAGCAGUAAUGAUGUACACCUUAUGACAUUAGAAUAUUAUAACGAACAUAAAGAUGAACUGAAAGGAGAGAAAGGUGACACCGGACCUCAAGGACCACAAGGAAUACAAGGACCUCAAGGCGAAAACGGUUUGGAUGGUGAAGAUGGAAAGGAUGGAAAAACUGCUAAAUCAUGGAUAUGGAACAUUAUAAAUACUGGUUUAACAGCUGCUUCAUAUGGAGUUCUUCAAUACCAAAUCAGAAAGAUAUGGGCAGUACUUGGUGAAGAAGUUUUAGAUGACGUUAAAAAUGCUUUGAACUUCAUUUCAAAUGGUUCGGAUACUAUUAAAACUUUAUCUGGUUGGAUGCAAGAAACAAGGAGUCAAAUAGAUACUGUAAGACGUAUAGCAAACAAUGCACGUACGGGAUUGGAUACUUUACGAGAAGCACAAAAUACACUAAAGGAAGCAAAUGAUAUUCUUGGCUCAGUAUCAGACAUGCAUGAAGAUUGGCUUAAAGGUAUUGACAAAUCUUUAAAAAAUCACAGUCAGUCUAUUGCUGACUACAAGAAAAGUAUAGAUUUUUUACAUAGUGCUAUGGACGUACAUGAUGGAAGCAUAAGGAACUUACUUAAUGCUAACAAUAACUUACCAGGAACUAUUAAAGCAUUUAUAAAGUCCUUUGUAAAACCUGGUGCUCUAACAUUUAG